CAUUUUCUGUUUGUUUCAUGAAUCGCUUGAUUUUGGCGCUUGACCUCUUCUCGAUUCGUUUCAUCAAUGAAUCUGAGCUGAUUUUGUUUUUUGCGAUUUGAUCGGAAUUGAAAUCAAAUAAGUCUAUUAUUCUGCAGGGAUCGAAGAUGGCGAGUUACAGCGGUUCACCGAGGCGGAGUUUUCCAAAGUCAGGCGUAUCACCAGCUAGGAGAAAAGCACUGGAGAAUGGAGGUUCCGACUCUAUCCGGAAACUCUUGCCAUCUUCUCGUACUAGUUUCAACUUGCUUGUGGAAAGGGGACUAGCUGGUGAGAGAACGGUGAAGAGAUUACGGAUGUCGAAGGCCGUGACGGUACCGGAAAGUACCACCAUUUACGAGGCCUCCAGGAAGAUGGCUGCUCGUAAGGUUGAUGCUUUAUUGCUUACUGACUCCAAUGCAUUGCUCUGUGGGAUUCUCACAGACAAGGACAUAGCUACAAGAGUGAUUGCUCAGGAGCUUAAUAUGGAGGAGACACCGGUUUCCAAAGUAAUGACUAAGAACCCAGUAUUUGUUCUUUCUGACACUCUUGCUGUGGAAGCACUCCAGAAGAUGGUGCAAGGAAGAUUUAGACACUUGCCUGUUGUACAGAAUGGGGAGGUCAUUGCUUUGCUUGAUAUAGCUGUGUGUCUGUAUGAUGCUAUUGCUCGAAUGGAAAGGUCAGCUGAAAAGGGAAAAGCUAUUGCUGCAGCUGUUGAAGGCGUAGAAAAAAACUGGGGAACAUCUUUCUCUGGUCAGAAUACAUUAAUUCAGACACUUAAAGAUUAUAUGUUCAGGCCCUCACUGUCUACAAUUGUUGCAGACAAUCCAAAGAUUGCAACAGUUUCACCGGCCGACACAGUUUUAACUACUGCAAAAAAGAUGCUUGAAUGUCGGGCAAACUCUGCGGUUGUGACUAUUGAAAACAAACCACGGGGGAUUCUAACUUCAAAGGAUAUAUUGAUGCGGGUAAUAGCACAUAAUCUGCCUCCAGAGACUACUUUAGUGGAGAAGGUUAUGACUCCUAACCCAGCAUGUGCAACGCUCAACACGCCAAUUGUUCAUGCUUUGAAGACCUUGCAUGAUGGCAACUUUUUACACCUUCCUGUGGUAGAUAGAGACGGAGAAAUAGUUGCUGUUGUGGAUGUGUUCCACGUUACUCAUGCCGCUGUUGCCACAGUUGGGAAAAAUUUUGCAAUCAACAAUGAGACCACCACAACAAUGGUGCAGAAGUUUUGGGAUUCCGCAAUGUCCUUACCUCCCAUUGAAGAUGAAGACGAGACAAGAAGCUAUAGCUCAUUGAAGUUGGCUUCUGAAGUAGCAGAGACAGAGAGAUCUCUUCCUUGUCCUUCCUCCACUAUGCCUUGUACAUUUGGUUUCAAACUACAAGAUAAAAGGGGCCGAAUGCAUAGAUUUCUUUGUGAUACACGCAGUUUAACUAAUCUAACAAGUGCAGUCCUUCGUAGGCUGGGGGAUGACAGAGAUAGAAACAUAGUGCCUCAGAUCCUGUAUGAAGAUGGAGACCAUGACAAAGUUGUAUUGGCGUCAGACUAUGAUCUUCAAGUGGCCGUGGAACAUGCAAGGUUGGUUGGCUUGAAGGGUUUGAGGUUGCACUUAGAUUGUGCAGGGACGAAAGAUCAUCUACGUGCCUCCAAUUCACGAUACUCGAAUUAUGCAAACUCCGAUGCAUGGACUACUGCAUACAACACCGUCGCAGCCGGGGCGGCCGUCGUUGCCGGGUUGGGCUUAUUAGCGUACUUGAGGAAGGCCGGUAAUUAGCAUUCUUAAGAAAACUUCCAAUCCCUCUCUCUCUAUAUAUAUAAAGAACUUUGCUUAGGAUUGAUUGGCCAAAGUUGGGUUUGGUUUAGAGUCACUCCAUAUG